UUCUUUCCUUGCUUCUUAUAUUUCCCAAAAACUGCACUCUCACUCACCAGACUCGCUUCAAAACAUCACAAAUUACAGAAAUCCCUAGAAUAAAGUUCAAACAAACCAACAUCUUAUUUUUCCUGAUGAUAUGCUGCCUCUUAAGCGUUAAAGCUAAGAUCGAUUGCUUUGCAGUAGAUGGAUUCGGACAAACAGACUGAGCCAGGACUUCUGUUAAUUUUGUACCAAAUUAUAAUUUCAUCACAAAAGAUAUCUCAGAGGGUGACACCCAUGUGUACAUAAUGGCAACCAAUGAAAUCCAGUCUCCUACCUUGUUUCUAAGAUACAACCCAGAUGCAUUCACAUGGAACUGGAGAUUUAUGAUACAGAACAACAAAAUCUUCGAAAAGAUGCGGGUUACCCCCAAUGAGAAGUAUAUAAUCACUUCUUUGUUACCCCAGGAUUCAGUUAUCACACAGGCCCUAUACAUUUAUAAAAUUGAUGAGAAAUCAUUAAUCCCUUUCCAAGAGAUUUUUAGAACAAACUCACAAGUUGUUAAAUCAAUUAACCACAUUGAAGUGAUCAACAACACGAAUUUCUGGUUUGUUGCGGAAAUGGACGGCUCAAAAAUCCAAUUAAUUUCUUGGGAUAUUGAAAGCAAAAGUGGUACUACUUUGCUCGAGUUGAGUACAACAGGACAUAACUUUGGAGAAAUAUACUACGAUUCGAUAACAAAUUCUGCUCUAAUAAUGUAUCAGAUCAAGGCCACUAACGCUUUAAGAUUUGGGGGUACUUAUAUGGGUGAUAACACUGUUUACAAAAGUGUUGGAAUGGAUUGAACUUCUUCAGCUUGCUCGAUUUCUAGAUAUACUCCAAAAACUAUUGAUACUGCUAACAGCAUUCUCUACACGGCAACUAAUUAUGAUUCAUUUUCAGUGUUAUUCUUCUCUCUAAAAUUCAAGUCAAAUGAUAUUAUCAACGGAAAAACUUUUGCUUCUUCAUCAGGAAAUUCUGCUGAAAGUAUUGAGAGCCUUACUCAUCAUGACAAAUUUAUCUACAUUCUAUUCAAAACUGGAGGUUCAGGUUCAAAAUCAGUGCUUGCAAAAUAUAGCAUAACAGAUCAGAAAUUUACAGAGUACUUAGAGACAGAUUCAUCUUAUAUCAGAGUUUUCCAUAAAAAUACAAGAAUCUUCUUUGCUGGAAAUAAGGGGGAAGAUAUAGCUGUAGGAUCUUGAUACCAAGACUUCAGUACUUCAUCAUUUAAGAUCGAAUCUGGCCGGACUCAACUCUCAACAAGUACAGAUGAGUUGUCUCCUUUAUCAAUAAGCUCUUCAGGGUUUGGUGAACAGUCUCCACAGGGUUCUAUUACAACUGAUAUUGAUCAGAUCAUAGCUUCAGAAAAUACGCAAGAGAGAGUAAAAUUAUUUGAAGCUAAUUCAGAAAGACAGUCCAUUAAGAAAGGAUCUAAUAGCACCAUCGAAAUUUGCCUUCCUUACUCUCAUACUAACAAUAGCGACUUUAAGUAUUCCUUCAAACAGAUUGAAGGAGAUAAGAUGAAUUAUAUAUUUAGCUACGAUCCUGCCACUAAGAAAAUUAACCUUGAGAGCAAAGAAUACUCACUCGAAGAGAAAAAUUCAACUUUUAGAGCAACUGCCACUUCUCAAAGUACUGGGAAUACUUACGAGACAGACUUUAAUGUUAAUGAAGGGAUUGACUCAGAAGAUCCAGAAGUAGCUGAGCAAGUACAGAAGAAAAUUAUUUUAUUUGGAGUGAUUAUCUCAAUCUUUGGUGCCCUCAUCGGAGGAACUCUUAUACAGGCAGCUUGGAUAGUAAUAAAUCAACAGAAAUUACUCCUAUUCUUCAUCUUGAUAAACACAUAUAUGGAUGUUCAUGUGCGACUGGUAUUGACAAUACAAAGCUUUGGACUUUUCAAUUUUAGCUUUCUAAAUGCUAUUCUUCCUGAUUUUAUUGCAAGUCCUUCAUUUAUUGACAAAAUGAGUCAAGAACAGGAAACUGAAACUUUGGAGGAGAUUGGCCUCUCAUUUCAAAGUUUUAUUAAAAUUUAUUGGAUCUAUGUACAGGUUUUUAUGUUAGUAAUCAUUUUCCACUUAACUGCAAGAAUAUUUUUCAAAUUAUUCCCAAUCCUUAGAAUUUUAUACUCCCAUGAUGAGAAAGGAGAUGUAAAUAACAAAGAUCUAAGCAUUCAUGAAGAGAACUCACAGAAUAAUUAUCAAAGAGGAAGUAUCAGCAACAAUGAAAUAAUUCAUGAAGAAAGCAAAGAUGAAGAAAACAAAGACGAGGAAAGUAAAGAUGAAGAAAACAAAGACAAGGAAAGUAAAGAUGAAGAAAACAAAGACGAGGAAAGCAAAGAUAAAGAAAAAUCAAAAUCCUCUGAUCUCCAAGAAGAAGGCGGAGGAGGAGAAAACUGAGAAUCUCCAUUCAAACAAUCUUGAGCUUUUCAGAACACUAAUGGACACAUUAAUGCAGAGGAUUCUAAACUCCCUAACCUAGACCUGUCUGGACUCCCUCUUAAUGACGAGCCAGACUACCCUGAAGAACAAAAAGCUCCUUUAGAAGAACAAAAAGAAAAAAUUCCUGAACAAAUUCCCUCAAAUCCAGGUGAAAUUGUAGUUGCGCCUAAGAAGAAAAGGUCUUUAUGAAAAAUCUUUAAGAAUCUCUUCAAGAGAGUGAUUCCAUGGGUUCUUAAAACUUUGGACUCUAACUUCUUCUAUCAUGUCUAUUUCAGAAUGAUAAUGGAGUCUUACAUGGGAGUCAUGAUAGUUACAGUCAAUGAGAUAAAAACAAAUGGAGGAAGUAGUUCAUCAGAAAUUGUCUCACUCGUUAUUGCUUAUAUCUUUUUCUUGAUGUACUUGGCAUUUUAUGCCUUCAUCUGCCUCAUUUGUUAUCUCGAGUAUAAGAAAAGAACAUCUUAUUAUGGAGCAAGAUAUGCUACUGAAGGAGAAGGAUACAGGCCUAAAGAUGCUGAGAAAAAGUUUUAUGGAGAACUAUUUAAGGAUCUCAACACAAAGCCUUAUGCUGUAUUUCAUCAACCCCUGAAUCUUGGUAGAAUAUUAGUGAUGGUAUUAGGAGUUAUGGUUCUUAAUUUCUACGAUAAUACUACUGUAUGGGCAUUUUUCUUAAUCAUCUACUUUCUCCAAAUCGGAGUAGUAUACCAAGCCAAAAAGUAUCCAAAAUUUACAUGGUGGCCUCUGAAGAUGAUUUAUUUGAUUAAUGAAGUAUACCUUUUACUCUUUGUUGGUAUAUUCGGAUUGUUAAGAUCGCAUCAAGACUGGGAGAAUCCAAUGUCAAAAUCCCUAGUUCUCACAUUGAUAUUUACAAACACAGUCAUUGUCUUGUUCUUUCAAAUUUGUGGAAAUUAUAUCCAAACCAAGAAAGUUGUGAAGGAUUUCAAAGACUUCAUCCUCGAAGAAGAUAUUCCAGAACCAGCUGAAGAUGAAACUGACGACAGAGUUAUUAUGAUGGAUCAAAAAAUUCAGUGGUCUCCAAGAUGGAGAGGAAGCAGACAAGACUUGCUAAGACAAAAUACUGGAUUGAUAAAUUUAUUAAACAGAAGAAACCAACCUCCAGCAGUCGAGCCAGAGCCAGAAGUUAGAUUGCCAGAAGUCAGAAAAAUGUUCAAGGAAUCAGUAGAAGAGCAAUUCAAGAAAUAUAAGAAAUUACCUAAAAAGUACCUAGCAAUGAUGAAGAAAAAGGAAGAAGAGAAAAGAAGAAUGUUUGAGUUACAAGAGCAAAGAGCUAGCUCUCAAUCUAAUUAUAAAAAUGAAGCUAAAUCAACUGGAAUUAUGGAUUCUAAUAAUUUUUCUCCUAUAAAGAAAGAAAAGACAAAGCAAUCCCCAGAGAAGCUUUUCAGAAGCUCAAGUCCUUCAUCUGAAGAAAGAAAAAGUGAUCAUUUGCCUCCGAUCAACAAUAAGAGGGAAACUAUUGUCCCACAAGAAAUAUCUAUUCAAACCAGCCCAGAGAAACUUCUCGGUGAUGCACAAGAUAUUAGAUCUAAUGACCCCCCUAGGGCGCCUCCAUUCCUCUCACUUGAAGGCCCUUCUGGAGAUCCCUCUGCUAAUACCCCAGAGAGCAAUGAAAUAAUAGAAGAAGUCAAAAUCAGACUCGGAACACCAGUAAGGGUCCGAAGAAUUGAAGACACAGAUCCGGAUGGUAUUGAUAAAAGAAUAGUGGAAUUCAGUAGAUUUGAUAAGAAGUUUUAA